AUGUUAUUUAAAUAUUUAUCACCUUUACUAUCUUCUAAAAUAAUUAAUAGAUCUAUAUCAUUUGGAAAAAUUGAAAAACCGCUUUUAAAGGAUAUAAAUAUCAUUGAAGUAAGACCUAAAGUUUUUAAUGUUCAACUUAAUAGAGAAAAUAAAAGAAAUGCUUUUACACGUGAAUUUUGGUCAGAAUUUAAAUCAGCUAUAACUUAUUUAUCACAAUUUUCUGGGUGUAGAUCAAUUGUUCUUAGUGCUAAUGGAAAAUCAUUUACAGUUGGUAUAGAUUUAAAAGAAGCUUUUUCACAAAUUACUACUUUAUCAAAUGAAUCUACAUCAGAUGUUGCUAGAAAAGGACGUAUGUUAAUGAGAUUAAUCAAUGAAAUCCAAGAUUGUUAUACUAUUAUGGAGAAAUGCCCAAAACCUAUAAUUUGUUCAAUUCAUUCUCAUUGUAUUGGAGCUGGUAUAGAUAUGAUUUGUUCUAGUGAUAUUAGAUAUGCUUCCAAAGAUAGUAUUUUUUCUAUAAAGGAAGUUGAUGUUGGUAUGGCUGCUGAUAUUGGAACAUUGAAUAGAAUUCAAAAAAUUGUUGGAAACGAUUCAUUAACAAGAGAGCUUUCAUACACAGCUAGAGAUUUUACUGCUGAUGAAGCUUUAAAAUAUGGUUUAAUAUCAAAAAUUUUUGAUAAUAAAGAUGAUUGUUUUGAUGGUGCUGUUGAAACUGCCACAAUAAUUGCUGAAAAAAGUCCAAUAGGUGUUCAAGCAACAAAAAUGACUCUUAAUCAUGCAAGAAAUCAUUCAAUUGAGGAAUCAUUAGAAUUUGUUAAAAUUUUAAAUGCUUCUCAAUUGUUAACUGAAGAUAUUCAAGUUGCAGCUGAAAGUGUUUUAACAAAAAAACAAUGCCAGUUUAAAGACGUAUAA